UGUUACCUGACAACACUCAUAGCCGCUUACAUUUCUGUUUUAUUUUGUUGUGUUUGUGUGAAAUUGUGUGGUAAAUUGAAUAAUUUUCGUCUAUUUAUUUUCUGUUAUUGAUUAAUAUUUCAUCACUAUAGUAUAUGUACAAAUUAAUUUUUUUAUAUAAGUAUUAAGUAACAGAAAUUAGGAUCAUGGAUGGUCCAUUUGGUCCAUAUUCAGGGAAUGAUGGUUACGGAUGGGAUGAAGGUCCUGACAUGAUGGAUAAUAAUUUUGAGCCUGGUAACUUUGGGCCAGGGCGGGGUUUUAAUAAUGGUGGAGGAAAUUUUAGAAAUAACCGACAUAAUUACAGAAAUGCUUAUGGAAAUUAUAGAGGUGGAUAUGGCCCAGGUGGAGGAUAUGGACCUCCACCCUUAUUUGGUCCAGGCCCUAAUUUUGGACCAGGACCAGGAAUGGGACCAAAUCCCCAAUUUAUGUGGGGUAGAGGUUUUGGCCCAAGAGGACCUCCCAUACGUAAAUUUAAUGUAGAAGAUAAAACUUAUCGAUUUCUUAUACGUAUGGGUGUACCAAAAGAUGUUUUAAAAAAUACACCAAGAGAUAUUUUGCACCUCAUGGAACCUGAAUAUUGUGGCAUCUGUACCACAAAAUUGGAAUCAAUUUCUGUCUCGCGGAUGCAUUAUAUAUCCAAAAAUCAUCUAAGGAAUCAGAAAAAAUGGCAUAAAGAGCAGCCUGAUGCUUAUCACCGUAAAGAGGUACCGCUGAAGUCGCGUGAUCUAUAUUGCGAAAUCUGUGAUGUUCACAUAACAUCUAAGACUCAUGCGGAGUCGCACUAUGCUGGGAAGCCGCAUCGCGCUAUUGUUGAUGGACGGAAACUACCGAAAAAUGCAUUUUUGCUUCAAAAAGGAAUGGAAGGUCGAUUGGAGAUGCUGAUUCGGCGCGAGAAAAAGUUUAUUAAACAUGAAGAUGUUGAAGCGCAACAGCUGCAAGCUGUGCAAGAAACUAAGAAUAUUCAACCUGACCUGUUCUGCGAUAUAUGCAAGACUUCUGUUACAUGUACUGAGCAGAUGACUAUGCAUUUAAAUGGGAAAAGACAUCUCGCUAAAGAAAAACAGCAUAUUCUGAAAAUGAUGAAAGGCGGAACGCAUGGCGAGUCUGUUGGUGAAGAAGACAUAGAAGAUCUAACCAAGACAUCUGCUAAUUAUGAAGAAGGUGCAGAACAGGAGGAAUCUUCUGAAAACCAGCAGGAUAGUUAUGAUUGGGGGAAUGGUAGUGGAAACUGGGAUGAACCAGCUGCUACAACCACAAAUUAGAGGUUAUCGUCGGUGAUUAAUCAAUUAUCGCCACUUCUAUACCUGUGGUACAUUAGUUACUUGUCAUGUAUUUCAAUUUUGAAUAAAUAUAUUAUGUAAUAAAAAAUUGCUGUAUUUUAUUAAUAAAAGAAAGCAAUUACUUGAAAAACAUCGGAACAAUAAAUAGGCGUUUUUUAAACUAUUCUUGCACUAAUCAACGGCAAGAACGUCUUCGUCGUCUACGUCCCAAACAGCCGCGCGUGAAGCCGAACCAGAGUGCUAAAGUUAAAACAGCCAAUAAACCCACAAGGAGAACUCCUUGGACUUUAGGGUCAGAAAUUUUCAGCAAAUUACCACUUUUAGAUUUCUUUGUACUUCCGGAAGACGCUUUCUUAACUCCUGAUGAGAUCUUUGGCAUUUUUGAUAAUGACCGUGAUUCGCAUAUCUGACCCAUAUUUGUUAUGUUUUUUUGUUUAAAUUAUCGUAAAGCAUUUUUAUAUGUUUUCAGAGUUUACUUUAUAUUAUUUAUUUUUUUAGGAAAUGAUUACUUGAGAAACAAUUACUGAACAUGUUAUGACAUAAGACAUCACCAUAGUGAAUAUUUUAGCAUUGUCAAAACUAUUUGCUACGGUGGAAUAUUAGUUUAUCAUUUGACUAUUGUUCGAUUAGACAAGCAUUGAAUUGAUGGCAAGUUUUGUCUAUGAAUAAAAUUCUAGAAAUUUAUAAAAAAAAUAUGCAGUAUCAAACUGAAGAAGUAAGACGUUGGAAAAAUGAAAUAAAA